AUGAGGAACCGAGGGUUUUGGCGAAGCAAUCUUUACCUGCUCGUUGGCGCCUUCAAACAAAUCCAAUCGCCAAGAAAUGCAGUUGUUCGAGAUCGAUUAACGUUAUUCAAGAGAACAAUCAGUUCAUAUUCCACCGCCACCCAAACUUCAGAAUUUCAACCCCAACUUUCUAUUGAUUUAAUCAACAUUAUGGAACACAAAUUAUCCGCUAUUCAACACAGGAAUGCUUAUCUUCAGGGCAUUGUCAAUCAGCCGGAUGCCUUGCCUGAAGAUUAUUCGAGGGCCAACAAGGAGCUACGGAGGCUCGGAGAUUCAAUGGAUCUUAUAACGGAGUUGAGGACCAAACAGAAGGAAAUUGAGGGUCUCAAGCAAGUGAUAGCUGAAAGCCAAGACGAUAAAGACAUGCACGAAAUGGCUUCUGAAGAACUUGGACAUGCAUUGGAAGAAGAGAAGCGGCUGCAGUGUCUUUUGCUCAAGUCGUUGCUACCUAAGGAUGAUGCAGAUGAGCGCGACUGCAUUUUGGAAGUGAGAGCAGGAACUGGGGGAGAUGAGGCUUCUUUGUUUGCAAUGGACAUAUUCAAAAUGUACGAAAAAUAUUCAUCGAGAAAAGGUUGGAAAUUUGAAGUCCUGGAUUUGGCAGAAUCUGACCUUAAAGGUUACAAGGAAGCUAGUGCAGCAAUCUCUGGAGCUGGUGUUUAUGGAAAAUUGAAAUUCGAGAGCGGAAUUCACAGAGUGCAGCGAGUUCCUGUGACUGAGAAAUCUGGACGAGUUCACACUAGUGCUGUGUCCGUUGCUAUUCUCCCUCAGGCGGAUCAGGUUGAUGUGCAAUUGAGGAAUGAAGAUUUGAGAAUCGAUACAUAUAGAUCUGGUGGUUCAGGCGGUCAGCAUGCAAAUACCACAAAUAGUGCUGUUAGGGUUACUCAUCUACCAUCUGAAUUAACCAUUGCCAUACAGGAUGAACGAUCCCAGCAUCUGAACAAGGCCAAAGCACUCAAAGUAUUGUGUGCAAAGUUAUAUGAGAGGGAAAGAACUAGGAUUCAUGCAAGCCGUUCAAAACUUAGAGCAGAGCAGAUAGGCAGCGGGGACAGAUCUGAGCGCAUCCGUACAUAUAAUUUUCCUCAAGGGCGUGUUACUGAUCAUCGCAUUGGCAUCACUAAUCAUUCAAUAGAUGGCAUGAUGCAGGGAGAGAAUCUGGACAUAUUCAUAGAUGCUCUUCUUUUGCAGCAAGAGAUGGAUGCAAUUGCUAAUUUCAGCUCUACUCAGUGA